UUGACUUAAACCGAUUAACGGAGUGAUCGUUAAAAAUACAAAUCAACUAUAAAUUCGGUAUACAUAUAUGCAGUGAGUGAGGGCGCGAUCAGUAUUUUCCUACGAUACGAGUCCAAAAUGUCAGACAUCGAUAAAUGGAUAGAAAUUGCAAAAGAGUGCAAAUACCUUCCAGAAAAUGACCUUAAGAAACUUUGUGACAUAGUAUGUGACUUAUUACUAGAAGAAUCGAAUAUUCAACCAGUGUCCACUCCGGUCACCGUAUGCGGAGAUAUUCACGGCCAGUUCUAUGAUUUAGAAGAAUUAUUUCGUAAUGGAGGCGCUGUGCCUGAUACAUGUUAUAUAUUCAUGGGAGAUUUUGUAGAUAGAGGGUAUUACAGUUUAGAAACAUUUACCCGUCUACUCACACUUAAAGCUAAAUGGUCUGAUAGAAUAACAUUGCUUCGAGGAAAUCAUGAAUCCAGACAAAUUACUCAUGUUUAUGGUUUUUAUGAUGAAUGUCAGAACAAAUAUGGCAAUGCUAUUGCAUGGAAACAUUGUUGCAGGGUAUUCGACUUGCUCACAGUUGCUGCUUUAAUCGAUGAACAAGUACUGUGUGUACAUGGUGGGUUAUCUCCAGUCAUUAGAACAUUAGAUCAAAUUAGAACGAUCGAGAGGAAUCAAGAAAUCCCACAUAAAGGUGCUUUUUGUGAUUUGGUUUGGUCUGACCCAGAAGAUGUAGAGACAUGGACUAUUAGUCCACGUGGAGCUGGUUGGUUAUUUGGAAGUAAAGUAACAUUUAAAUUCAUGGAAAUCAACGACCUUAAACUUAUCUGUAGAGCUCAUCAAUUGGUUAAUGAAGGAUAUAGGUACAUGUUUGAUGAUAAACUUGUAACAGUAUGGUCAGCUCCAAAUUAUUGUUAUCGUUGUGGUAAUAUAGCUAGUAUUCUACAGUUCACAACUGUCGAUCAAAGACGCCCAGUGCUAUUCGAAGCAGUGCCUGAUUCUGAAAGAGCAAUUCCACCUAUAAUCCCCACACCAUAUUUUUUGUGAUCUCACUUAGUGGUCUAUUUUUUUAGACACAGAGUGGUGGUGUCUGCGUUUAGGCUUCAUGGAAUUACAUGACUGUUUCUUCAAGUUGAUGGGUACAGGCUGGUACCAUGACAGAGCAUACAAAUUUUUAA